UUUUAAAAAAAGGCAAGACUUGGCAGAGCUCAGUCGAAUCAGCCUCUUUUGUGUGCUUCCCGGCUGAGCUUCAGGAAAGAAAACCGUCCUGGGAUGCUGAGUUUUCAAGGCACCGUUCUGAGAUUUUUUUUAUGGCAACUCAUCCAGGGAGUCAAAGUCAAAGUUGUUUCAUCCAUGUGUUUGAGAAAAGGUUCUCUUAAAGCAACAGCUUUGAUUUCUGCUGCUUCAUGCCAUCCUAAACUCCGUCCCUCAGCAAUUAGUGACAAUACGGAAGACCCGAAAGACAAGCUGAGGACACCCGACUUCGCCUGAAGGGCAAACGGGAACUGUGAGCUUGCCAAACACCAUGUCAAUGGCAACAGGAUGGUUGAACCUUUCCCAGAGGGAGCACAGAUGGCUGUGUUUGGAAUGGGCUGCUUCUGGGGAGCUGAGAGGAAGUUCUGGCUCUUGAAAGGCGUGUAUUCAACCCAAGUGGGCUUUGCAGGCGGCUACACACGCAAUCCUACCUACAAAGAAGUCUGCUCAGGAAAAACUGGGCAUGCAGAAGUCGUCCGGGUUGUGUACCAGCCAGCACACAUCAGCUUUGAGGAACUGCUCAGGGUCUUCUGGGAGAAUCACGACCCGACCCAAGGUAUGCGCCAGGGCAAUGACUACGGCACCCAGUACCGCUCGACUAUCUAUCCCACCUCCGUUGCACAGAUGGAGGCAGCCCUGAGGUCCAAGGAGGACUACCAGAAGGUUCUUUCAAAACAUGGCUUUGGCUCCAUCACCACUGACAUCCGGGAGGGACAGACAUUCUACUAUGCGGAAGACUACCACCAGCAGUACCUGAGCAAGAACCCAGACGGCUACUGUGGCCUUGGGGGCACCGGAGUCUCCUGUCCAAUAAGUGUUAAAAAAUAAUUUCUCCCCAUGUAGUGGGCCCUGGAGGUUCCAGCAAAACCACUGUCACCAAAUGGGGCGAUGCUUCUGUGAUCCAUGUGGCUUUCUGAAAUGCUCAUACCACAAGGGCAUUUAUAAAAUGUGGUUUGCAUUGGAGUUUAAUUUACAGGAAGUGCAACAGCAAGUUGAUUAACUGUAAUUUGUCUUCUGAUCAGUUAGGGUGGGAAUAAAGCAUGAAGUUUUCUAGAUCGUUUUGGGUCUAAAUGCAGAUAAUGAAUGCCCUGUGUCUCCCUGCUUGGGCUCUGGAGGGAUAUGAAAUGUCUUAAGGCUAGGAGACGACUGGCCAGGGCACAGGGAUACUGCAACUCCUUGAUCUGUGCUGAUACACCUCACCUGCCCUCCUGCCCGCCCAUGCCUUAUCAUUUGCCAGUGUUGACAGCCUCGAUGAAUCAGUCACUGAAAUGCUUUGCGCUGCUGCCCUAGACAUAUGUAAGGGGUCUCUCUCCCUACUGCAUCCUCUUUGUGCAGAGAGAAGAUGUGAGUUAACUUAAUGAAUUCUAACUCCAUGCUUCCAUUUAUGAGAAAGCUUAUUCUAAUAAAAAAUCUGCAGUUCAAUAAUA